GUCCAUACGCUCCCCAGUGCACAUGUGCAGCUCUCUCUCUCUUCGUGCCCCAACUGCCAAAAGCAAAGAUUUAAGAUAUAAAUAAGCAGCACCUUUUCUCUAUACAUACAUGUAUCUCUAAAGUAAAAUCCAGUACUCUUACAAUACACAACUUUCCGUGUGGGCUUUUUGGGGAUUCUUCAUCUUCUGGCUUUCUUCUCCACCACCUCCUCCUCCUCCUCUUUCGUAUUAUUAUUUGUUAGAAGGAAGGAAGGAAGGAAGGAAGGAAGGAAUCCCGUUUCCACUCUCUCUUUUUCCACUCUGUCUUUCGUUGGUUCCCAUUUCCCUUGUAGAGUAUAUAUGGCCUGAUUUGGACUUUUCAUGGGAGUUCUAGAGGAUAGUGAACCACCCUUUAAACGUGUGAAGGUGCCCGUAGGAGAAUCAAAAAACUUCGUGGAGGAUUCUUCUGUUAGAGAACCUGUAGCUUGCUCUUUGGGAGACUUGAUGAUUAGACCUCUAACCUCCCAAGGGGAUGGAGAAACAGUUGGUUCACGAGGAGUCAUUAAAAGAUUGGAAUUUGUCAAAAUCAUAACUACGGCAUUGUACUCACUUGGUUAUGACGAGAGUGGGACCCUUUUGGAGGAAGAAUCAGGAAUACCCUUGCACUCACCAGUGGUUAGCUUGUUUAUGAAGCAAGUGAUGGAUGAACAAUGGGAUGAAAGUGUGGCCACAUUAGAAAAAAUUGGUAUAUUGGAUGAAACGACUGUGAAACUGGCAUCUUUCUUGCUAUGGGAGCAGAAGUUCCUCAACCUUCUAAAAAUGGAUAAUGUUGUUGCUGCCCUAGAUACUCUAAGGAAUGAGAUUGUGCCUCUUCAUAUUAAUUUGAACCGUGUACAUGAACUUGCUGCAUAUGUUAUCUCUCCUUCACAGUGUUGGGUUUUUGGUCAGGAUACAGAGGGUGCAAAUUCAAGGUCAAAGAUUCUAGAAAAACUACAGAAGCUGUUACCUCCUACUGUCAUGAUUCCCGAGAAAAGGUUAGAACAUCUUGUCGAGAAGGCACUUGAUGUGCAACGCAAUUCUUGUGUGUUCCAUAAUACUUUGGAUAGUGAUCUGUCAUUGUACUCAGAUCAUCAAUGUGGAAGAAACAAUAUUCCUUCUCAAACAAUGCAGAUUCUCGAGGCACAUAAUGAUGAAGUUUGGUUUUUGCAAUUUUCACAUAAUGGCAAAUAUUUAGCCUCAUCAUCCAAGGAUUGUUCUGCAAUCAUAUGGGAGGUGAAAGAGGAUGGUCAAGUGACAUUGAAGCAUAUAUUAAAGGGUCAUCAGAAACCGGUGUCAACUGUUUCAUGGAGCCCUGAUGACAACCAACUCCUUACCUGUGGACAGGAAGAGGUUAUCAGACGCUGGGAUGUCAGUUCUGGAAAAUGCAUCCAUGUUUAUGAAAAAGCUGGUGUUGGCUGUGGAUGGUUUUGUGAUGGUAUGGGGAUAUUUUCUGGCUUGAUUGACAAAAGCAUCUGCUUGUGGGAUUUGGAUGGCAAGGAGCUGGAAUGUUGGAAAGGGCAGAGGAUAGUCACGAUAUCGGACACGGCCAUAACUGAUGAUGGAAAGAGUAUCAUAAGCAUAUGUAGAGAUACUGCCAUACUGUUGCUUGACAGGGAGAUGAAAUUUGAGAGGCUGAUUGAAGAGGAGGAGAUUAUUACCUCAUUCUCGCUAUCAAAAGACAAUAAAUUCCUUCUGGUUAAUCUUAUAAACCAAGAAAUCCAUCUCUGGAGCAUUGAAGGAAAUCCCAAGAUUGUUUCCAAAUAUAAAGGUCACACACGUGCACGAUUUGUCAUUAGAUCCUGCUUUGGUGGAUUUGAACAAGCAUUUAUUGCAAGUGGGAGUGAGGAUUCUCAGGUAUACAUAUGGCAUAGAGACUCUGCUGAACUACUAUUGACGCUGCCUGGGCAUUCUGGAGCUGUAAACUGUGUGAGCUGGAAUCCAGCAAAUCUUCACAUGCUGGCUUCAGGUAGUGAUGAUCGUACAAUUCGAAUAUGGGGUCUAAAUCACUACAACCUAAAGCAAAGAGACCAGAGCAACGGCAUUGUUCAGCGAAGAAGUUGAACAUUUUCCAAACAGCCACAGGAUUCCUUGGAAGUUACCAAGAUGCUGAUGUUUUACAAGUUUAUUAACAUUUGUGUAGGACCUUGGAACAUUUACUUCUCUUCUGGCAUUUGAUAGCUGGUAAAAUUGCAUGAUUGUGGGCCUGCUAUCUGCCAAUAGAAUACAAAUUUGAUCACCAUUGUUCUUUCAUUUCUUUAUUAUUAUCCCAUCCUUUUCUUGGACCA